AUGGCGGCGUCCAGCGUCUUCAGACCGGGCCUGUUCAACAACAAAGUCGCGAUCGUGACGGGCGGGGGCACGGGGAUCGGCAGGGCCAUCUCCAACGAGCUGCUGGAGCUGGGUGAGCACCGCCGCCCGAAGGGCGCGCGCGUCCCGCGCGGAGCCCAAAGUUUUAAAGCGCAAAGCUGCUGUGUGGUCAUCUCCAGCCGGAAGCUGGAGAGGCUGGAGAAAGCCGCUGAGGAGAUGAGGGAGAAGAUCCCCCCCUCCAGCCCGGCCAGGGUCAGCCUCCAGCCGUGCAACAUCCGGGACGAGGACGAGGUGAGCGCGCCUUGCCGGCGACCUGUCCUGCCCCCCCCCUCCCUAACGGUGAAGGCCCUGGUGUCGUCCGUCCUGAAGCAGUUCGGCCGCAUCGACUACCUGGUGAACAACGGCGGGGGCCAGUUCAGCAGCCCGGCCGAGCACAUCUCCUCCAAGGGCUGGAAGGCCGUGGUGGACACCAACCUGACCGGAACCUUCCACUGCUGCAAGGAGGUUUACGCGGCGUGGAUGAAACAGAACGGAGGGGCCAUCGUCAACAUCAUCGCCGACAUGUGGAAAGGCUUCCCCGGCAUGGCCCACACGGGAGCAGCCCGGGCAGCCGUGGACAACCUGACCAAGAGCCUGGCCAUCGAGUGGGCGUCCUCCGGAGUGAGGGUCAACGCCGUGGCCCCUGGUACAAUCUUUUCUAAAACUGCGAUGGAGAACUAUAAGGAGCUGGGACCGAACCUGUUCAAGAGGUCCAUUCCCUUUAGCCCAGCGAAGAGACUGGGAGUGCCUGAAGAGAUCUCCUCAACAGUCUGUUUCCUGCUCUCUCCGGCUGCCUCCUACAUCUCCGGAGCCACCCUGAAGGUGGAUGCUGGACAAAGUCUCUACCGCUCCAUGUGGGAGAUACCUGAUCACGAAGCAUGGCCUGCUGCUCCGGAGGGCGAGAACCUGGAGGCUUUAAGGGAACUGCUCAAACCACCAAGCAAACUUUGAUCUGAGACAUUCAGAUUCCACAAAAGCACAAAUCAACCAGCAGGGUUUCAUUGAUAUACAGCUGUACAGAGAUGAGUAGAGCAGUCGGCAGUAACUUAGUUAUAACGUGGGCUGUAUGUGUGUAGAGUGAUUCAUUUCAUAAAAUGUAUAUUGUUUUGUGAUCGAUACCAUUAGCAUAAAGUUUAAAAGAUAAUAUUUGUAACAUUUAACGUAGAGAUGUAAUUUUUAACUCAGUGCCUUUUUUUUGUAAAUCUAUUCCAAAUUAUUUGUUAAAAAUGCUUAAUAAACGCGUAUUGUAAAA